AAGAAGAGGUUUAAAAUGGAUUUCAGUUCUUCUUUUCUCUUGCCAUGCAUGCUGGUGAUUCUGACCAUUAUUGAUGGCAGGGCUUGUGCUGACAUAGAACGGCUCACUGGAAUCGUUGGCAGCAAAAUUGUCUUCCCACUAGAAGUUCAAAAUCAAAGCUAUUUCUCAGUAGCCAUAAAUGGAAUGACCCAUUCAGUCAACUCUAAGGACUGUUUCAAAUAUGGUAAACGGCAGAUGUGCCUGAGAAAUGGGUCUCUGGAUUUGGAAAACAUAACACAAAGUGAUGAAGGGAUGUAUCAAUUUCUUUCUCAAAAUGAGAACAAAACUUUCUUCCUGAGAGUACUUGAGCUGCCUCCAACUGUCCAUAUCCAUUGCCUUCCUGGUGGAAAAGCAGAGCUAUCCUGUGAAGUGGGUGAUCUCUCUAGUGAUGUUUAUUGGACCCUGAAUGGGAGCCAUCUGAAUGAUUCAGACAUUUGUGUGAAGGAUGGUGGAAGGAAGAUUGUUUUGGAAAAAAGAGUGAGUGGAAAGCUGACCUGCCACAGAAUAAACUCUCCUACUAACUUCUCCACUGAGCUGUUGUGUGAUGAUGGGGAUCUUCUGAAGCACCCUCUGUUCCUCGUCAUUCUGGCAGCGUCUGGAGGGGCUGCAGUCCUUUUGUCCAUUAUUGUGUCCCUGAUCACAUGCUGCUGCAUGAAAAACAAACAUAACUUCAUUCCGGUGCCUGCAGAAGAUGAGAAGGAUGAGGGGAUCACCCUGUCUGCCAUUUCCAGUGAAGGACCAAAGAGUUCCCCUAAUGGAGACCACUGUGACGCUACAGAUGCCCUUGCUGCCAGCACCACCAAUCCAGGUCCUGGGAGUUCCAAACCAGAGGCUGGAAUGGAUCCAAAUUCCAAGGUGGAGCCUGAAACAGAACCAGGACAUCAAACAGAGGCAGAGGCUGUGACAGAAAUGGAGUUUCGAGAGGUCAUGGUUGACACUGCACCCCCGGAAGCUGUGGGUGACUGUUUCCCUGAUCCGGCUGAUGCUUGAUCAGAUGUGCUCCCUUUGUCCCAUCCUGAAGCCCUGAGAAGUGGUGCUUCUUCAUUCCAGUGAUCAUUUCAUAAUAAUACUGCCCUUUGUAAAGCACCUGCAUACAGAAAGCCAAGCCUGUAACUUACUUACUUAAAUAUGGUUCUCACAGAUGCUUCUUUUAACAGCAAUGAGAUCCAGAUUUAAGAAUGCUCCACCCUCUGCUUUUGAUAAUUUUCUCCUUUGAUCCCAUCUCUAUUUUUCCGGUUUUUUAAAAAAAAUUCCUCUAGUUUUUGUUCUGCUUAAGCGGAAUGGCUACAAAUUUCCCACGUGGGCAUCCCAGGAUUUCAUCCUGCAAUUAGAACCUAGAUUUUGAAACCAUUGGGUGGAACACCCUCAGUGGCCUCCCAUAACCUGGGAGAGGUGGGAUGUGCAAACAGAGAAUGUUGCCAACCUCUUGCUCUCCUGGAUUUGAAUGAUGGAACUGCUGAUCCUUGGACCCUGCGUAUAUAUGCCUGACAUCAGUGCUUUCUGAAGCCUGCUGUACCAUGACCCACACUUCCAGCUCUAAACCCUUUACUUAGUUCUCAUUAUCACAGGCUGAAAGGAGAGGUCCCCUGGCUUCACUACUGCAUAACUUUUGCAGAAAAUCACCAAGUCUUUCACUAUCCAGGUGCUAGUUCACAGUGUGGGACUCACAAGCAGUGUAGAACAGGAGGUUUGUUUUUUCCCCCCUUUGGGGGAUAGAAUUUGCGUCAUAAAUAGAAUGCUGGGCCAAGCAGUUUCCCAGCUCUCAGCAGCCAUGUAGUGCUUUUUGAGGGCUUGGUGAUUUGCUGCAGGUGUUUUAUUACUUUGCUUCUCUGUUGUGGAACUCCUUCCAGCUUCCUGAGUGCAAGGCUCGGGAAAUGCAGGCAUCUUCCAAGUGCAACUGUUCUUUUUGUGAUAUGAAUGCCUUGGCCCCUGCUUAGAUAUAAUGGCUUGGCUGCUGCCUGGAAAAUUGCAAUUACAUCUGCUCUUUUGAGUUGGAUAUUGUAUUCUACAUGUUCUCUGUGGAGAAAUUAGCUGAAUGAAUACAAAUAGUUUUAGUUAUAACAAAUUAUUAUAAGGCGUACCACCUUCUAGCCUACUUGCACUCGACAGGUAUAAUGAUAUAAAAAUCAUCUGG